CUUAUAUUUCCCCAAAAAGGAAAACACUUGUCCUAAACUUCCAAAGAUUCCACCUUUAAAGAAUCUCUGAAUUACUUACAAAAUUUCCCAAAAACUUUGUCAUAGUUCUAGCUCUCAACAUUUCCACUCUAGGGUUUUUGGAAAUUACGAGGUAGCCAGUGAAGCAAUGGUGAAGGAGGAGGAUAGCAAAACUUUGGAGCUGUUCUUGAAAAUUGGAUUAGAUGAAAAGACUGCCAAAAAUACUUUGGCUAACAACAAAGUUACCACUAAUCUUACUGCCGUUAUUCACGAGGCAGCUGUGACUGAUGGUUGUGACCGUACUGUAGGCAACCUGAUAUACACGGUUGCUACAAAGUUUCCAGCCAAUGCACUUAACCACCGGCCCACAUUGCUUCAGUACAUUGUAUCAACAAAGAUUAAAACCCCUGCACAGUUAGAAGCGGCAUUCACCUUUCUUGCUGCAACCGCCUCUGGAAAUUUGAACACCCAAGAAUUUGAUGAGGCUUGUGGUGUUGGUAAGAAAUCCUGUUUCCCCAAGUCCAAUUAAUAUAACAUUAAUGGCAUUAGAUCUCUCAUGCUUGA